GAUUAAACAGAGCCCAAUUUUGCUAUCCAAAUGGCGAAACGAAAGAGGGAAGAGGCUACGGCCCGAGAGGAUGCAGAACCCCGGAAAUCCCAAAAACAAACAGCUGAGGCACUAGCUCCUGCAUCGAGAGAUGAGAUCACAAUCCAGAUCGUGACAGGCUCAUACGAACGGGUUCUCCAUGGCAUUGCGGCGACAAUCUCUCAGAGCUCCCUGCACACCACAACCGAGAAGGAGGGGGGAGUUCAAUUCGUUGAUACCUUUCUCUUCCAUGCACAUGCCUCAGCAAUCCGCUGCCUUGCUCUCAGUCCCAUCGCCGAUGAUUCCUCCCUGGCGCAAAACGUAAUACUCGCCAGCGGUGGGACUGAUGAACGUAUCAACCUAUACACCCUCUCCGCCACCACUACACCGACAAACGAUAGCUUCCCUUCCGUCCCGACCCUUGCGGGAAACAAAAUCCUUGAAAACCCGAAGAAUCGCGAACUGGGGUCGCUGCUUCAUCAUUCGUCCAGCAUCUCCGCGCUGUAUUUCCCCACAAGGUCCAAAUUGCUAGCUUCGGCCGAGGAUAAUACGAUAUCUGUGACAAGAACGAGGGACUUGUCGGUUGUAUCUACGAUCAAGGCGCCACGACCAAAAGCUGUGGGGCGGCCGAGUGGUGACACCGCCCCAGCAGGUGCAGCUCCCGCGGGGAUCAAUGACUUUGCGGUACACCCCAGUAUGAAGCUUAUGUUGAGUGUUGGGAAGGGUGAAAAGUGCAUGAGGCUCUGGAACCUAGUGACUGGCAAGAAAGCUGGCGUUUUGAACUUUGGACGAGAUGUAUUAGAGACUGUCAAGGAAGGCAAAUGGAGCAAUGGAGAGGGGAAGAAGAUUGUGUGGGACUCUGCUGGCCAGGAGUUUGCUGUGGCAUUCGAUCGCGGUGUGGUUGUGUUCGGCAUUGACUCCGUGGCAAAAUGUUACAUCCUACCGUCUCCUCUGACAAAGGUCCAUCAGAUUAAAUACGUACAAACGGGUGAUGAUGAUGCAGAGGAGUCCAGCACCCGCGAGCUUCUCGCCGUAUCCACAGAGGACGGUCGAAUUUUGUUCUACUCUACCGAUGGCGGUUUAUUGGAGCAAGGUGAAAGAUCGAACGGCAAGUCUUCAAUUGCUGCUGCGCAGUUGAGGUGCCAGUUGGGCGGAAAAGAAAAAGGUCAAUCUUCGAGAAUAAAGGAUUUCGAAUUCUUACAGACGAAAUCCGCCUUGGGGCAUCCACGGACUCUCAUCAUCGUCACCGCUGGAAGUGACGGGAUGGUGAAGCUCUGGGUCCUGGAUCCGAAGGAGUUAUGUAGCAACGAGAAAUCUCGAGGGGCGGAGGGCAAAAGGAAAAAGAAGGAAAAGCAAGCCAGCCGAGAAGGACACGGGCCGGUGGAUGUUGGGCGAUUGUUGGGAACGUAUGAAACCGGAAACAGAAUUACAUGUCUGAAAGCAUUCAUGCUGGCGAAAGCGGAAGGGGACGAGGAGUUGUAUGAUGAGUUUAGCGGACUGUCGGGCGAUGAAGAGGCUGACGAGUCCGAGUCAAGUGGUGAAGAAAGCGAAAGCUGAGCAAUGACGAAAGGG